AUGGAGCCAUCGAAUGCCACCAAAGCUAGACGGCCUAUAAAGCAGCCUGUGUCCAGAAGAAAGCAUAUAGUGGCAGCAGCUGCAGACCAAAGCACUGAAGCCGCAGCACCACCACCAGCAACAGCAGCGCCCGCAGCAGAGGAAACUCCGGAUCUGGUUAUCGACAAGUCGGUGUUUUUGCGCAAGUUUACUGAGAACGCGCUCCAGCAAGUAAAGGAGGGCAACCCAGAGGAAUACUACAAACUGGUAAAGGUGUUUGCGUAUUCGCGCACAGCAUCGCACCUCGCGCCCGAAAAGUAUGAAGAGGAAGUGACGCCAUGGAUAUCGGCGUUAUCUUCGAACGUGUCGGCGCUGGGAAUUUACUACAGGGACCUCGUAACGACGAUAUUUAACAGCGACUGGGUGACCUGCAACGACGAGCGGUUUGUGCAUAGGUACACCACGCUGAUACUGCAGAUUCUCUCGGCGCAUCCGGCGUGGAUUCCACAGGCAAUGCCGGCCAUGGUACGGUGGUUUACGUAUGGUGGCCGCAAGACUGACAACAAUGCGCUUGCAUCCUUGGUGCACGACCGACUGCACAGUUUGAUCAAGGAGAUCUACCGCACAAUCCCGACAUGUGGCGCCAGCCUGGCCGCGGAGCUGGUCAAGUCAUGCCCGUUUAAGAAGGCUAAGAGCAAUGUGCAAGUGUUGUUUAUACAGAAUGUGCUGCGCUGCUUGGAGUAUGCCAUUGGAGUUCGGCGAGAGGUUCUGCGGAUGGUGCUCAAUCACGUCAUUCAGAUUGACGUAGAGGUGCAGGUGGAGCUUGAGGACCUGGAUUCUGACGACGAGGCCGACGCCGACGAGGCCAUUGAGGAUGAGGGCAUUUUCCACUUUGAAGAUGACGAGCCUGAGGCGGCGGACUCUGCCCCCGGUGCAGGCAAAAUUUCUGCUGGUGCCGAGAACAGCGACACGGGCGAAUCAGAUGGCGAUGAGUCAGAUGCAGAGUCAGAUUCCAGCUCGGACUCUGAAUCGGAUUGGGAAUCCAGCGAUGGCGACAUUGACGACGAAGUUAACUUGGAAAAAGCCAGAAUAAACGCAAAAAAGACUGUCGCCAAGUUGGACGCCGUCAUGAGCACGAUAUUUGCGUGGCUUGAGAAGCACUGUCAGAUUGACCUUGAGACCAAAGAGAUGCCCGAGUCGACAUCCAAGAUGUACCUACAGUUCCUCGAUCUUUUCAUCACCAUUGUGCUCCCGACGUUCAAGUCACGGUACACCCAGUUCUUUUUGUUCUACCUGUGCGCCCAGGACCCUCAGUACGCCGACUUGUUUUUGGGGACCAUGAUGGGGAAUGUGGGUGAGCCAGUGCGCAACGCAGCGCAGGACCGUGUGUCAAAUGUCGAGAAGCUUGCCGCUGCCUCUUAUCUGGGCAGCUUUGUCGCGCGUGCCAAGUUCCUGCCUGUUAGGAUUGUGCGCAACGUCAUCGGUGUUCUUGUGCAAUGGGCCAACGCGUAUUUGGACUGGCAUGAGGAGCAGGUCCAGAAGCAGCUUUUGGAGGGCGAGGAUGCCAGAGGCAGGUUGCGGGGAGUGAAUUAUUCACAUGCCCUGGGAGGCCCAGCGUCUUCGGUGCUGUACUCGGACUUUGAGCGACACACCGUGUUUUAUGCAGUGACUCAGGCAAUACUGUACGUGUAUUGUUUCCGCUGGCGCGACCUCGCCGAAGCCUCCGGCGGCGGCCCCGUCGUUGAGAGCGAGCUUGAUAGCCUGCGCUGGUGCCCCGAGGUCGAGGGACUCCAGCGCGUGGUUUUUUCCAAGCUCAACCCGCUACGCGCGUGUUCGUCGAGUGUAGCUCAGCAGUUUGCACUGGUGGCCAGCCAGACCAACUUUAUGUUCUGCUACUCUUUGCUGCAGCAAAACCGCCGCAAACCCCAAGAUGGGGAUGCCAAUGGAAGUUCAACAAAAAACGCCUCUAAUAAUGAUCAGGCGCUGCGUGCGGAGCUUGAUACGUUUUUCCCGUUCGACCCGAUAUCGCUGCCUAUUUCACGCCAAUUCAUCGACAGCAUAUAUCUUGUGUGGCAGGACGUUGGUGCGUCUGCUUCGGAUGACGAAGAUGGUGAUGGCAGCGGCGAUGAGGCCCAUGGAAAUAGGAAUGAGGACGAGGACGAUGCGAAUGAGGCGGGUGUUGUUGGACAGAUGGUUGCCAUGUCUAUCUCGCCGGUGAUGCCACUCUCAGCACUCCCCGGCCAGACAUUUAGCAGUAAAUUCUGA